AUGAUAUUCUUACCAAUAGUUCAUUAUCAUUUUAAACUAUUAAUAAGUAUCUAUAUCAUAUUUAUAUUUUAUAGUUAAGAAGAUGUUGCUCUAUAACUUAGAUUCAUUUAUUAAAAAUUCUGUAAUCGCAGAUUGGAAACUAAAAAAAUUAAAUUAAAAAAGAAAAGUUAACCACAUUCUAUUGAUAAAGAAACUUAAACUUAACCAUUUCAAUACAUCCCAAUCAUUUAUCAUAAAGAUAAAUAAUUUCUAUAAAAAAUUAUCAAAUAAUAAAAAGAAAAACAAACAACUAAAGUUUAGUUUCUAAAAUUAAAUCAAUUAAAUAAAACUUCUAGAUGUAGAAAUAGUGUUGAAAUUCAUAAUACUAGAUAUGCUUCUGCAUCUAAAAUUUCAUAAUAAUCAACUGCUAGAGUUUAUGAAUCUAAUCCUACCAGUCGAUAUAAUUCGACUGCUACUUAAUAAAAAAUUAUUCGAUCAUAACGUACUAAAUCUUAAACUUAAGAUUCAAAUAACAUCACUAAAGCAUUAGAAAGUUAAUUUAAUAAUCAAGUUGAUGUUAGAUAAACAUUAAAGAAAUUUGAUAGUGGACUUAAAUCAAAAAAAGUUAAAUGAAUUUUCUUUUAUAUUUUUUAUUAUAUCUACAUAUAAGAAUAUAAUAUAAUCAAUUUAUUUCAAUGAUCUAAGAUUAUCAUUAUAUUUGAAAUUCUAAUACUUAUAUUAUCAAUUAAAUUAAUUUAAUGUAAUACCAUAAUUCCAAUAUUAAAAAUACAAAAUGCAAUAAUCAUCUUAACAAUAAUAAACCUCAUGGUCAAAUAAUGACGAAGUAACUGUACUAUAAUUUAGAAUGAAUUAGAACAAAAUGCAGAUGGAAAUUCAAGCAAACAUCAAGAAGGAUCACGUAAAAAGAAGAAAUAAGAUGAACAUAAGCAAUUUGAAGAAAGAUUGAAAAAUAUUCCUACUGGUUAAAAACCUGAUGCUAAAAUAUAUCCAGAAGAAUGGGUUAACAAGUGGAAAUAAUUGUUGCUAAAAUAACAAAAUAAGAAAUGA